AUGAGUGAACUGGAGCAGUUGCGGCAGGAGGCGGAACAACUCCGGAAUCAAAUCAGAGUAAGGAGUUUCUUUUUUUGAUGCUGUUGAUGCUAAAUAAGUUGGGAUCCGUGAACAUCUUGAGGAGAAAAAAAUGGAGUUUGCCUCCUUUCCCUUCCCAACACCUUUCCCUCCGUGAGUUCUUCACUUGGUGGGCAAAGCGCCAUUGGGGGGCUGGUGCUGUACAGUGGUACCUCGCAAGACGAAUGCCUCGCAAGACGGAAAACUCGCAAAACGAAAGGGUUUUUGGUUUUUUGAGUUGCUUCGCAAGACGAUUUUCCCUAUGGGCUUGCUUCGCAAGACGGAAACAUCUUGCAAGUUGGUUUCCUUUUUCUUAAAACCGUUAAUACAGUUGCGACUUGACUUCGAGGAGCAACUCAUAGCACGCGGUGUGGUAGCCUUUUUUGAGGUUUUUGAAGACUUUGGUGAUUUUGGAAGCUUUUCCAAAACUUUUCCGACACCGUGCUUCGCAAGAUGAAAAAAACCGCAAGAUGAAAAAACUCGCGGAACGAAUUAAUUUCGUCUUGCGAGGCACCACUGUAUUUUAAAAGCUCUUGGGAUACAGUGCUGGGCCUCCUUAGGGUCUCCUCACUGCAUGUGUGAAUGAAAUCAGCAUUCAUUCCUGAGAGGUUUCCAGAGCUGUCUUGCUCAGCUCCUGUGACGGAUUCAGAGUCAACGGGUGCAUGUGUGAGCUUUCCCCCCUGUGGCUGUGAUGCUCUAGCACAGGCUAAGAACAAACAGCCAGUGUUUAUACCCUGAUUCCGAGUUCCAUUAUCGCCCAUGAUGGGUUCAGGAUUGAAGGCUGAGAUUAAGGGGUCAGGCUGAGCAAGCCAAUGUGUGGUAGCAUAAUCUCUUUUCACACUUGUCAUCAACUGAGAAAGAAAGCUUGCUGUCGUGCAGGAUUUUGACUGCACUACAGGACUGAGCUACUUUAAGCUUCAGGUAGUGUUUGACAUGUUUGAACACACAUUUCAAGGAUAAAACUCACUGUGUAUAGAAAGCUAAGUGUGCCAAGAAGGAGGAAGCUAGAAUCAAGCUCCAUGAUAACACUGUUCUUCAAAUUCCAAUUUCUUCUGCGUAGAUUGAUAUUUGUUUGUUUUAUUUUAAAGGAUGCUAGAAAAGCGUGUAGUGACACAACUCUUGCUCAGGUAUGUAUGCGUGUUUUAAACACAUAUUCUACCUUGCCGACUGAAGCCCCCUAGUCAGCUAACAUAAAAUCAGUAUCAGAAACAUAAAACAACCAGAUAAACUAAAAGACAAGGACGUUCAUUCUUGCCUGUGGGGCAUCUCAAGGGAGGGGAUAUUGCUGUAGCUAAAAGGUUUAGGACACAAAGUCAAGUAGUAGUUCAUUUUUAUUCACGUGGACGAAUAAUAACUAUGCACCUUGUAUAGUUCAUGCAAUCCAUGGGGAACUUGAAAUAUCACCUUACCCAGUACAUACUCAUUAAACUCCAAGGGCAUCGUGCAGCUACCAUCGUUUCAGAAGAUCCAUUUGUACGAUGUCAAAAUUGGGCCUUUCCUAUGGAAGCACCUGCCCUUUGAAGCUCCCCACAAUAUAUAUCAGACUGGCAGCUUAUCUGUUGCAUUUUCAGUGUCUGCUAAAGAUAUUCCACUUUCAACAAAUGGAGAUAUUUAUCCCAGCUGAUAUCUGUAGUGGAUUGGAAUUGGUUUUAUGUAUCUGCUGCUGCUGUUUUUAAACUGGUGUGUGUGUGUAAUUUUUAUAUAUGAAACUGUUCUAUAUAAGUUUUAAAUUGCUUUGAGAUGCCUCAAUUCAUAAACGAAAUGGAUGAAGCUUCGGCUGCUAAUAAAGUAAUAACUUCAGUGUAAAACCCAUUCACUUGAUUUCAACCAGGCUUGAUUAAAGUGAGUUACUGUGGAAUGUGCCUAUUACUUAAUUGCAUAAUGCUCGUUAAAUGGUUACUUCAUUAUCAGAAGCCCUGGUACCUCCUGGUUAUAGACUUGGGCUCCUUCACACAUGAGAUAUUUACUCUGGGAGCUAUCUGUUGCAGUGCCUCCUAAAACAUGCACCAGAAAUCUUCUACAACAUGCUGAGUUUCCACGUAGAGAUUCAGUCUGGAAGCUGGAGCCUGAUAACGUUGAUGCCAGAUCUCAGUUGGUCUGCCCCUUUCCGAAUAAGGAAAUGCUGCUGUAAGAUUCACCUGUGAAAGUGUCCUGGGUAUUUAGAUGUUCUGUAGUCUUACUCUGCCCAGGAGAAGGCUUGGAGUAAUGCAUGUUCUUUUCCUUUCCUGCCUAGAUCACCACAAGCCUUGACUCGGUGGGCCGCAUCCAGAUGCGCACAAGACGUACCUUGAGAGGCCAUCUAGCUAAAAUAUAUGCCAUGCAUUGGGGAUCCGAUUCAAGGUUUGUACAGAGAGCUGAUGUGCGUGUCGGAGGAUUCUUGCCAUUGUUGGGGGAAAGCCGUGUGCACUCUACAGCCCCACAUGAGCACCUGCAUGCUAUAAAUAUAUUCAUAAAUGAAGCACAGCAAACAGCAACAAAACAUUUACAUGCUCAAGGAGCCCUUGAUCCCCCUUAAAGGCCCAGUCAUUUGGUAGGGAGGCUUAGCUAUGCUAUGGACAAGCUUCAUAAAAUACUAGAUUUGAAUAUAUAGAAGUACCAGAAGAAAAUACUACUGAAAAAAAUGUUUUUUAAAAAAAUACUUAAAAACAGAUGCAAGCAUUUAACCUGUUCGUCCUCAGUAAACCAUACAAUCUUGGAAACUCCUUUAGCGGUUAAACAAUAUAUAUUUUGGUUCCAGAGUUCUUUCUGUCUCUUGCAUCAAGAAAAGGGAUGGAAGAGUUACACAGGUAGAAGUGGUUUUAAUUGUUUCUAUGGAAGCCCACAUGCCAAAAUUAAUAAGGCUGCAAUCAGCAAGACUGUUCGGGGUAUGCAAAACCUGCACCUUUAAUUCCUCCAUGACCAAGAAACUGCCAUCAUCAUAGGGAGGGUAGGCUAAGUUUUCCCUACCUGAAAGCUGUCUGGAGAACACAUAUUUCCUUUCCCUCUACGUAAAUGAACAGCUGGCAUUACACUUGGGGAACCUGCCAUACCUGACCCUGGUUCCUCAGGCCUGCUCUUAAGGGGAGAUAACAGUAUACAGGAACCCUUUCUGCCCAUCUCUCCACCCCUGCUAGAAUGUCGGGCAUUUGUUUAGAGUUCAGUAAAAGUAAAGCACGAUUGACUUUGCAACAUGUUGCCUAGACGUCCUCUGCUGAUGCGUCAAAGCCAUGCGUCUUGCAAGAGGAAAAGGCAAAAUCAGGGUCUUGGUGAACGGCUGGAUGCAUGCACCAAAUUUGAAACCUAGCAAAGGAGGCACAAAGUUAACUUGAUAAUGUCUUUUUUGUGUGUGUAUGUGUGUUUUGUGGUUAUCUUUAGGCUACUAGUGAGCGCUUCCCAAGAUGGAAAAUUAAUUAUUUGGGAUAGUUACACAACAAACAAGGUAGAGUUUUUGUUUUUUAAAAAAGUAAUCCGUUUUGGCAUUUUUUUUUUUAUGUGCCUAUUGCUGGUGGGCUUGCUUUUUUGUUUCCACUGCUAUUUUUAUUUUCGUUUUGUUCUCUACCUGAAGUACUACUUUUUCUGUUUCCCCCCCCCUCUAUUGACUCUUGCUUUUUAUUUUCUCCACCCUCCAAGAAUUCUAACUCUGCUUUCGUUUAUUGUUAUUUUUUAAACUUACUUACUCAAGCCUCUCAUUGACUCUUCCAUCUCAUUGCUCUUAACAACAGCGGCUCACUUGCUUGGGGAAAACACUGUUGGGUCUCUUGUCUAUUUCUGAGGGGGGGCGUCAUCUAUUGAUGUGGGGUUACAGGUAUCUUUUCGGAAUGGCAGGUUUCUUUGAUAUAAAGCAGCUGCAUUGCAAUCUGAAAAGGUGGUGCUUUUUGAAAUAUGCCCAGUUCUUAAAUUUACCCUAUGAGAAAGCAGAAGCUUUAUCUUGUCUAGUCUGGUUGACUAUCUGUGCAUCUGUUUAGUGGCCGGCAAAAUCAGCUGCCUCUGAUUCCCAGUGAGGUCUCUGUUUGCUUCUGGACUUGCUUGGGACCAUAAAAAUCCCAGGUUUGAAAAACUUGGACUCGUUCAGUUUGCUAUGGCCAGAGGGAAGCCAGAAAGCCGUGCUCUGGUGAGCAAUAUGAGCCUGGAGUUACAGACAGAGGCACCUCUUCCUCCCCACAACUUUCAGUGCUGAGCUGGAAAUGUGGCAGAAGUGUUUGGACUUGCCACUCUGCUUGAGGGUUAUUUGUAGCACCCAUGGAGUGCAGAAGCAGACCUCUCUUCCCCAUGGCAUACAUUGAGUUAUUGGGGGGCAGGCCCAUUUUCUGCCCACUCCCAAUCUUCAGCUGCAAGCUUAGAGCUGGAAAGAGAGCAGGCACUUCUCUCCCCCACCCCAAACCUCAUGCUGCACUUCAGAGGUGUAGCACAAGGUCAAGGGCAGCAUCCUGCUCUUUGAGAAAGGGGAAGCCUGGGAACCACACACUUCUAGGUUGGGCAGUAGGGGUAGCUGCAAUUUGGCAAGCAGAACUUGGCAGAUCUAUCCACUUUUCUCCAUGCUUGCUUGGAGGACUAGGGAAAGUGCUUAGUUAAUGAAUUUAAUAAUAAUAAUAAUAAUAAUAAUAAUAAUAAUAAUAAUAAUACAAUAUGUUAUGCCACAGGGACGCGGGUGGCGCUGUGGGUUAAACCACAGAGCUAGGACUUGCUGAUUAGAAGGUCGGCGGUUCGAAUCCCUGCGACGGGGUGAGCUCCCGUUGCUCGGUCCCUGCUCCUGCCAACCUAGCAGUUUGAAAGCACAUCAAAGUGCAAGUAGAUAAAUAGGUACCGCUCCAGCAGGAAGGUAAACGGCAUUUCCUUGUGCUGCUCUGAUUCGCCAGAAGCGGCUUAAGUCAUGCUGGCCACAUGACCUGGAAGCUGUACGCCAGCUCCCUCGGCCAAUAAAGCGAGCUAAGCGCCGCAACCCAGAGUCGUCCGCAAUUGGACCUAAUGGUCAGGGGUCCCUUUACCUUUACCUUUAUGUUAUGCCACAGGGCAGGUUACUGAAGGCUAUCAGUAAAUUGAGGAAAACGUAGGAGACAUUGGAACAUAAUCUAAAGCAGAGCCAAAUGCUUUCAGUGUUUGUGCAAAGUGUAUUGACUCCUGUUUUAAAACUCGCUUACAAUGUCUGAAAGCACUCCUCUGCUUGUAUUUUAAAUUUUAUCGAUUUCGUAAAAUUUAUAUGCCGCCUGACUGUAAAAACCAAACAAACACCCCAGCAACAAUCCAACCUCAAAAGAGGUUUACACAAAGCAGUUUGUCUUUUAGACUGUUCUGUGCCAUGUGUUUUAAUUGUGAUGCUAUACUCUGUCAAUGUGUCACAGGAAUAUGUAACUCCAGUUAGUAAAUAAAAUAAUAAUGACUCAGAGAAAUAAAAAUACUGACUGACUUCUUUUUGAUGACCCAGCGAUUGAGCAGCCUGCUGAGAUGCUUGCUUCUUGUUGAGGGGAACAUCAUAACACCUGUUUAAAAUGUUUUGACCUUACGAAAAUCCAAGUAAAAUUGGGGAAGUUGCAAUUUGAGAACAUAAAUAUAUAUAUUCCCUCACUUCGUAAUGUUGUUCUCUCAGUAUUCGCCAUGAAAUCUUGGUUCUUCAUCUGGAGAACAGGCUCUGUGAAUGAACAGCAUCUCUCAGUGUGGCAGUGGUAGUUCAGGCAACCCUUGCGAAGCCAGUGUAUGGUUCUGGAAGACGUUUAUUCAUGCUCAGGGGGCAACUUUCCCCUUCUAACUGUGUUUUUUUCCCUCCCUUCCACCCUGAAGAUGCAUGCCAUUCCUUUAAGAUCUUCCUGGGUCAUGACCUGUGCAUACGCCCCAUCUGGCAAUUACGUCGCCUGUGGUGGAUUGGACAACAUCUGCUCCAUAUACAACCUGAAGACACGAGAGGGCAAUGUACGAGUGAGCCGAGAACUACCCGGACAUACUGGUCAGCAGGCUUCUGUUUCUAUUUGUUUCAAUGAAAUGGUGACUUUAUUUGAACUUCUGCAAUUCCCUAAAUUGCGACUUUAUUUGAACUUCUGUAAUUCCCUAAAAGCAGAGGAGUCAAAAGUGAAACAUGUAACUAGAUAUAUUUGUUGUGGCAGAAACUGUUCUGCUACAACCGGUCAUCUUCCAUCCUGUCUACUUUCAAUGCCAACCCCCCUCCCCCCCCCCAGAAAAAAAUACAUUUCCCAGUUGCUGAGCUAAUGUGUCUUAUCAGCCAGUGUCAUGACUUCAUUCACACACAACCCUUUUGCUGCAGCUUCGCUUCUCCCUUUGCACCAGUGGCACAACCAGCCAGGAAGCCACAGUUCAUUGCAGCUUCCCAUUAAAUGCAAACUGGGAAGCUAUGACGAAUAGCUUCCCAACAAGCCAGGCUUUAAACCAGAAUUUGAUUGCGCAAGUUGUGGCCUAAGGUUCUUCUGUCCAAACCCAGUGCUGUAUUCCGUGGGCAUAUGGAAGGGUGAUCAACUGGUGAAUUUCUCAGUAAGGACUGUGUACUACUUUGUUGUGGUACUGAAAAUAAAGGCACCCUAUUUUUCAAAGGCACCCUAUUUUUCAAGUCCAAGUUUAUGUCCAUCCUGGCUCCAAGUUUCUGAAUCUGAGGGUUGUUGGUUUUUUAAAAAAGUAGCUCCUGCAAGCCUGCGGGUUGGUCCAACCUGGUCUGUCCUCGGUGCUCUACUAUAGUGGCCAUAAAAGAGUUUGGAGGGUGGGGGAGAGAGACUUGAAAUUUCUGCUAAUGGCUUGCAAAUGAGCAGCCAUUGUUCUUAGUCCAAAUUCUGUGUGAAGGUGUCAAAAGGUAAGAGUCAAGAAGGGGUGAAUCUGCAACCUGAGUGCAUUUAAGCAAACAUGUCAACAUGUGCACAUAGUUUGAGAUGUAUGAUUUUACUGUUCCAAGUGAAGUGUGUUGAGAGUUACACAGUCUGGCCUUGGGAAUUCCUGCUCAGCUGAGAUGUGAUUGCACUGGGCAGUGGACAGCUGAAAGUGGAAGGCCCUAUGGCUUUGUUGGGCACCCUGACAGUUAAACAUCUGUUGGUUGAGCAUCAUAUAUAUAUACAUAUAUAACAACAACAACAGCAUGCUUCCCAAAUAUUUUCUAUGAGACAUUUGGCUGGCUGUUUUAAGUUGGGUGGGGAACCUCUUUUAUAUUUAGGGCUGUAUUCCUUUGGGGAUAACCCCUUUGGGGAGCCACACUAUUUUAAAAAAAUUAUUUCUAUCUUGCAAUAUUUCCAUGCUCUGUCCCUGCUCCAGCGGCCUGCCUACAGCUGGACUGAGGAGAGGCUGCAGCCAAAUCUGGAGUGGCAGAGAGCAGUGUUCUCUCCCACUGUGCUGACUCCUUGUGAAUUAAGGCAUGGUUGCUGACAGAGAGACGUUUUAUGCCUGAAGCUGAAUAGGAGAUUUAAGGUUGGCACCUGGAAGCGUAUUCCAGUGUAUGACUCAAUAUGGCCUAGGUGCUGCUGCGCUGCUGUUAUUAGAAUUAGAAUUUAUACACCACCCUUCAUUUAGAGAAGAAUUACUCAUCUACUUAUCUGUGCAGCUUCUUCCCAGCUCCUGAGAUGCCCACCUAACACCAAACCUUUGCAGCCUUGAGGGUUGAAAAUAAUUUAAAUGAAUAAAAGCUGAAACUUUCAGGGCACUGGAUUUCAGUUACAUAACGCACACAAUCUGCAUUUUGGAUCUCUUCUUAAGUGAUAGAUUUUGCCUCUGACAUGUUUCCUGUUUCGCAUUUCUAGGGUAUUUGUCUUGUUGUCGCUUUCUAGAUGACAACCAAAUAGUCACAAGCUCAGGAGAUACCACCUGGUGAGUUUCUUGGGUUUUCUUUCGUGACAUGCCUUGAACUGUUGGGACUGCGUGUUUUAACCUUCUGUGUUCAAAUGUUUUUCUUUUGCUCAUAGUGCUCUUUGGGACAUUGAGACUGGCCAGCAGACUACUGCUUUUACGGGGCAUACCGGUGAUGUAAUGAGUCUCUCUCUAAGCCCAGACAUGAGCACCUUUGUUUCGGGUGCCUGUGACGCGUCAUCCAAGCUCUGGGAUAUUCGAGACGGAAUGUGCAGGCAGUCUUUCACAGGGCACGUGUCUGACAUCAAUGCAGUUUGUGUAAGUGGCUAGCUAUGCUCAAAUGCACCAAGAGGGAAGUCAUGAAUUUAAACGGUGCUGUCAUGCGCGUGCACUUCAGGGUGUUGAGGGAGCUGCCACAAGUGUGGUCAAACGUGGAUGAGUGGGUCAUGGAAUAUUGGCAGGCUGGCUGCUGUGAGGAAAGCGCACACAAAAAAAGUCAGUUUGACACAGGAGAAGAAAAGCCUCUUAUCAACCACGGGGUGCUUGUGGUGAAGAGGCACUGGCAAAGCAGGAGAACAUGAAAUCCCUGUUAAUGCCAGUCUUUCUGAUCCAGCAGUUCUGAUCCCUGAGAUUCUCACAUGAUCAAAUUAACUUUUCUUUUUAAACUGCUGUAAAACGUCAAGAGUUAAACGAUGGGAAGAGAAACCAGGGGGUUAUUUUUCUUUUUUGCCAUUUUUUAAAAAGUGUCUGCUAAAGUCAGGUUUCAAGCCAGCGUGCUGUAUAACGGGAGCGAUGAACCUUCUACCUAAGGGCCACAUUCCAUGUGGGGAAUCUUCCAGGGGCCGCAUGCCAGUGUUAGGUGGCUCCACAGGCCAAAAAGGGCAGAGAAAUGGAUGGGACUCUUUAGACAGAAAAUUGCAUCCCAGCCAAGCCAUGAUGCAUCCAGCCAGGCAAGAAACAUGCGAGGAGAGCCAUUGACCUGGGGAGAGUUGUAAGGGCCAGACCGAGGACUGGAGGGGCCGCCUUCAGCUCCUGGGCUUGAGGUUCCCCAUCUCCGCUGUUGUAAAUUGAAACCUCAAGUCCUUAAAUUACAUUUGUCCACUCUGAAAUGUCCUUUGGGAGGAGCACAGAGAGAAGAAAAGCCACGGUGCAUCUGCAGCAACACAAAUGGGUGCCUUCAUGUGCCCCAGCUGCAACAAAGCUUGUCUCUCCUGCCUCUUCCUCUAUGGCCACAGCAGGCUCUGCAACCUUCCUACAGCCCUCAAAGGGGCACUCCUUCAUUGUGUUCCAAGACAGACAGACAUGCCAACAACUCUGGAAAUAAGCUAGGAAAGGCACCUGGUCCCUUUGGAAAACAAUUCCUGAUGUUGCCCAUUUGUUUCUCUUCACCACGACCCUUCUUGUUUCACUUCCCAGUUCUUCCCUAAUGGCCAUGCCUUUGCCACUGGCUCUGAUGAUGCCACCUGCCGGUUGUUUGACCUGCGAGCUGACCAGGAGCUCAUGAUGUACUCUCACGACAACAUCAUCUGUGGGAUCACAUCUGUCGCUUUCUCAAAGAGCGGCCGCCUCUUGUUGGCAGGCUACGACGACUUCAACUGCAACGUUUGGGACUCCCUGAAGGGAGAGCGUGCAGGUUAGUUGACGUGCUUACAGAAAGGAACGGCUUUUUCAGGGUUCCCUCUGCGGAAUGCCCUGCAUGUUCAAAAGCUCAUACUGGCAGCCAAGGAAGCUGCUCAGCUUGAGGCAACAGCUCCAAGAGCUGUGUGGGAGGACCUGUCUAGUCCAUCGAUUUUAUAAGAAUAGACAUCAGGAUGGUUCCACUAACACCAACAGUUCCUGCCAGAUAUGAGGUUUAAGUACAAUACCAGGAGAGGUGGAAAAAGUAGUCUCAAGUUGGGAGCUCCAGCUGAAUCUUCCAUGAAUACAGCAGCCUCACCCCCAUUUUAUUGGUGAAACUCUUCACCCAGAGAACCCCAGUGAUGGGGCGACACAGUAUCCCAAUCAGUCAUAAACUCACGGCUUUCUGGAUUCUUUGAGACCUUUAAUAUUCUGUCCCGAUUAAAGAAAUGGAGGGAUAUUUUUGUGGCUUUGGGUGCAAUUUCUUCUCUUGCACAACCUCAGCUUGAAAGGAAUGAAAGCUGUGCAGGUUACCUUACACAUGCUCAAACAUGAGAGUUUGUCUAGAUCAUCAGAACGACCAAUGCCACUUGAUGGUAAGUUGGUUUCAAGACUAAUUUAGAGUCCCGUUGGGAACAUUUUACAGCUGUACUAUCCAGUCGCUUAAUUCCUGGAAAGACCACAGACAGAACGUGAUGGCGCCUUUAGACAAGGGCAGCAGGUUGUUUAAGGCUUCCUGGCGACAUAUAUGUGGUCAAGCUUGGGAUUUGAUCCUUGAUCUUUCACACCAAUGUCUAAUUUGUCCAUUCGUUAUAUUAAUUCCGGGAGAGCCUAAAGUGACAUGAUGGGAUGGAGUGUUGGACUUGAGCUCAGGAGAUGUGGGUUUUAAUUCCUGCCCAGCUGUGAAGCGUAUUGAACGACGUCAGGCCAUUGUUCCUGUCUUUGCCAUCCUACUGUUGAAGCUGUUGAAAUGGUUACGUAUGCUGCUGUGAUGGUAUUGGAAGGAUGGCAAGAUAACAAAUGUGGUAAAUAAUAAGACUCCUUUUGGGGCCACCCAUCCUAAUGUUAUUUUUGUUUCCUCCCCCAGGCGUCCUUGCUGGCCACGACAACAGAGUCAGCUGCUUAGGAGUUACUGAUGAUGGCAUGGCUGUAGCUACAGGAUCUUGGGACAGUUUUCUCAGAAUCUGGAAUUAA